AUGACGCAGUGGUUUGGCUGUUAGUGUUUUACACGAGUUUAACAACCAGUAUUGAUACCAUAGAAGGCAUCCAUGCGCGGAGAACAGAUAAUCUGGUGUUGUUUGAAGAGAAAAAAGGACCAAGGCAGAUCCAGCAGAUACUGUAUAAUUGAUAAGUUUAAACCUAUAUAUUUCAUGCAGGGUGUUGACAGGUUCUAUGUUCACAUUGACUCUUUCCAGACUGGAGAACGGAACGAACCAAGCACCAACCAUGCCUUGUGGUGUAGCACCAGUAAAGGAGAAUGUUCUGAAUUUCAACUCCCGGGACUAGCUCAACAGUCAUGACGCCACGGAAACCAUCACAUGUACUGUUGAAAGUGUGAAUCAUAUGUGUCUCUGUAAAUUGUUUUUAGUUCGUUAGCUUUGAAUUCAGGAAAUCCCAGUCGUGUUCAUUUUUUUCAAUACUUAAGACAUGGACGGCACUAAUACUUCAUACUAAAGGUGAGAGUUCUUCUGUCUUGAAAAGGACACAAAUUCGUUUUAAGUUAACUGAUUGUGUGUGGUUGUAAGAUGGAAAUUAUGACGCCUCUCGACUCAGGUGGAGGCGAUUUGUCUCAACAGUUUGAUAUUUCUGCCGAUGGAUUUUCCUACAUUCAAGGAGCGGAUACCAAAAACAUUAAAAUCAAACAAUACUUAUGUGUGAGGGAUUCCUUACCGAAGACGGCCCUUUCUCAUGUGAUUCUAAACGAAAACAUGAGUCAGGACCGACAACUGGAGCGAACCAUGAGUGACCUGACUCUCCGACAGCUCAAGCAAUCCAACGCCAACGAUUUAACACAGAGAACGUUCGUUGCUGUGCAAGACCGGAAGCAAAAGAAAUGGAAAAGAGAUGACGAAACACGCUUGUCAAAUAUGAAUUUCCCGAUGUUUUCUGUUCCCGAAGAGAGACGUCCAAAAGAAAUGGAUGUUGUUUACCGACUUCCGGAUUAUCGAGUGAAAACGAGUAGAGGACCGCGACUGAAGUCUGCAUCCGCCGGAAUCGGAAAUGGAUUUGGAACAGGCACCGGAAACGGAAACGGAAACGGAACUGGGUCAGGAUAUAAUAUUACCACUUCUACGCCAAGGCAAGUGAAAAUGCCUUUCGGGAUUAGCAAAGAAACAACCGAAAUUAUAACGCACAAUGACAAAACGUUCAUGAACAAAUUACCUGAAGUUGAAGUCAUAGAUCAUGACGCACUGAAACAUUACGACACCUACCGAGGCAAGACCAUGUUGGAAUCAGGAACUCCAUCUCAAGAUAUGCGAUUCAAGCGUUUGGAAAACCUUCUUAAUCCAGUAUUCCUAAAACAGUCUGACCAAUAUAAUGAGCAAAAUGUUAAGUCUAAAAGCCGGCUUUCUAAAUAUUCCGGUAUGGCUUUGGAAGAUAGGGAAAGAGUGGAUGACGAAAAGCAUCCGGGUGAUCAAUUUUUUGCGGAAAAUAGUUUUGUGGCGCCCUCUAUUGCACCUUCAAUAGACCAGUCCGCAGUAGCGUCGAUGUCAGGAGAUUUUGCUCAAACCGUGUGUCUUUCAGCCCCUCCAUCGGUAGCACAGGCGCCGCCGAGUAGAGUAAACGACCAGGCAUGGAUGAUUACUAGAUUAAACACAGUGCCCGAUUUUAAAGCAAAACCAGCGUCUUCACGUAGUAGGCUUGCUCAAGAUCAGAAAAUGGAAAAUGCCAAGAAACGUGUGAAAAGAAGUGUAGAAAUUUUGGAAUCAUUUAGAAAUGGCGAUGUCAACAAACUCGCGAAAACUCUCGCUCGCGAAAAGAAAAAACGAGAAGAACAAAAAAAAGCCACCAUUGAAUCGUGCAAUAAGCCGCCGUAGUAUUAAAAUGUACAUAUAAUAGGCAUAAGAAAUGCUGCUCUAUGGGCGACAAAGAUGAUGAUGUUGUUUUAUUGUCUAGACGUGUCCAUAAUUCGUACAAUUUAUGUUCAACGUGAUCCUUUGUAUUUAAAAAAAAAAAAGCCACUGACGGCGAGGAGCCAUCCUCUUCAUGUCAUGGUGCUGUUCUGUUGCCAUGGAGACUACGUUUCUUGUUUGCAUGGAGACCACUUUUUCGCUGCCAUGGCGACUACUUGCUCGUUGCCAUCGAGACUACAUUCUCUUGAAUUUACAGUUUCGAAGGGAUUUAUCUGUUGUUUCGUAUAAACUUUAUCCGAAUCGGAUAUCUUUGGGAAUUACCGGAAGUUUUCCCCGUGCCUGCCGGAAAGGCACGAGUGUUAUUUCCUAUCAAUAACUUCCUCCCUUAAUAGACGAUUGUUUGUGGUAUUUUUACAGUGUGUAUUUUCAUUUGAAAUAUCAUAUAGUACCAUUUACGAUAAUCGAGAAUAUUUUAAAGUAUUUUUUAUACACCUUAGAUUAGGGUCAUAUAUUAAAUACAAAUGGCCCCUAUGUAUCAUAAUAACAUAUACUGGUACAUACAGAUCGUAGGGUGGGGUUAUGUGUC